AUGUCCUAUGCUACAUUUUGCCAUGCCAUGUACAACAUAGUGCCAUGUCAUGUGCUACAUCGUGUCACGUCACCUACAACAAUGUUUUGUCAUGUGAAUGAGCUGAACUUUGUCAACCAGAAGGUGAUGUUGAUGCCAGAUGAUUUCAAGUCCUACAGCAAGAUUCGUGUUGAUAACCAUAUGUUCAACAAAGAUAUUAUGCCUAGCAAGUUCAAGGUGAAAGAAUAUUGCCCAAUUGUGUUCAGAAAUUUAAGGGAACGUUUUGGUUUGGAAGAUGCAGAUUAUAUGUAUAUUGUUGAAUGCCAUGCCCAGACAUUACUCCCACAAUACCUGGCUAUGUACAGAAUCACAGUCAAUGAUGCAGAGACCUAUCUCGUUGUCAUGCGUAACGUGUUCAGCCCUCGAUUAUCAAUACACAAAAAGUAUGACCUCAAGGGCUCAACUGUUGACAGAAGUGCCAGUGACAAAGAAAGGUUGAAAGAACUGCCCACCUUCAAAGAUAAUGAUUUCCUCAAUGAUGGUGCUAAGAUUUUCAUUGGUCCAGAGCAGCGGAAGAAAUUGUUAGACACUCUCCAAAGUGAUGUUGAUUUCUUGAGUAGUCUCAAUCUCAUGGAUUACAGCCUAAUUGUUGGUAUUCAUGACCGGGACCAAGAAGAUGAAUCUGGCAUCAACUUUGCCAUGCCCUCUGGGGCGGAUGAAGAGGAACUAGAGGAAGAAGAUGGAGAAUCAGGAAGUUUUGUAGCAUCAUCCGGUGACCAGCUAGAAUAUGGGGAUGAUGCAGAUGGAGGAAGCCCUCCAGAUUCCCCACAGCCAAUCACACCAAUGCCUCAGUUCACCGGAGAACUUGACCCAGAUCUGGAGCACUAUGGUGUUCACAGUAAUCCAGAGAGUGGCAGGCGGGAGAUCUACUUCAUGGCGUUAAUCGACAUCCUCACCAAAUAUGGGAUGAAGAAACGCACAGCACAGGCAGCCAAAACAGUGAAACAUGGUGCAGGAGCAGAGAUUUCCACCGUCCACCCCGAACAGUAUGCAAAAAGAUUCAUGGAGUUCAUCAGCAAGUGUGUGGAGUGA